AUGUCUGCCACAACCAAUGAAGCCAAUGAUAGAGAAGACUUCAAGGUCUGGCAACAGAACCUAUGUAAGUCCUAUAGUGCCUGGGAACACUUAUUGCACAAUUUAUAUCAUGAAACCUACAACCUCGCUUGUAUACAAGAACCUUUCCUCAACUCCCUCAACCUCACCAACGCCUCCAGCCUCAGUUGA